CACAUAAACAACCAUGAUAAUAUUGAGUCCUUGAGACAGCAAAGUACAAUUUUCAAAAUAGGGAGCGAGAUUUUUGAGUUGCUUCUCAACUACCAGCUCUUGCCGUGAUGAGCAACUUGCUCUCUUACGCAGGUUGGACCUUUCUGCCAAAUCUUGUCACAGGAUGGCUCCAGUCACUUUACUACGGCAUCACUGUUCGAGCCGGUGAUCCUCGCCCAGCACCGGGAUCUCCCCGCUACAUGAAGCAUCGGCGGCGCAUCUACAUCCUUGUCAUAUUGGCAUAUUUGCUCUAUACAAUUAUCGAAGCUGACUGGGAGCUCCGCCGGGCGGGUGACUUUUACCAAGACCUUGGAUUACCGUACAAUGUCGAGGAGAAAACAAUAAAAUCACGAUUUAGACGACUCGCGGCUCUUCAUCACCCCGACAAAAUUUCCUCGGCAGAAGCGCGCAGUCAAUCCGAAGCGUACUUUGUUCACCUCAAGCAAGCACAAGACACGCUUCUUGAGCCAGCAAAGCGGUUUGCGUACGAGCGUUUCGGACCUGACAUUCUGCACUGGAAACACUGCUCCUCGCGGCGCGAUUACAUUCUUACAGGAGUGCAGUCGAUUGUGCCAUACUAUGCCGCCGGUGGAAUGUUUAUGAUCUUCUUAGGCAUGCUGGGAUAUUUUGAAUGGGGACGUUACUGGCGCUACCUAUUCUUCUCCGCACUGCUCGUCUUCGAAGUUCACACCGUCACUAGACCUUAUUUCCCGCCCAUUUCGUCUAAACUUGUAACGCCCGUCCUCAGCGUAUUCACAUUACGCCGUCGUGUUGCGUAUUUGCCGUUUCAGCAACUCGUUCUCGCUCGAAAAAUUACACUCACUCUCUUCAUUGCUCUGGGACAGUUGGGUCCUCUAUUCCAGCUCCAGGCGCCGCCGUCCUCCAACGGCGCUGCCAAAGAUCCUAAAUCUAUAACCCAGCAAAAUCAGCAACUCAACCGUCUAGAACAAUUCUCACGUGCAGCUGAUUUCGAAGCCACUCGACUGAUGGGUCUCGAAAUGGCACCGUUUGCAGGCGAUACUCAAGCUCUGCGUGAGGUGCGAGCCAAAUUGAAGGAUUGGUUGGUGCAAAAUACUAUAAGGGCCGAUCCGGAGGUCAGAGAUGCAGUGGGUAGAGUAAUGAACCGACGACGAACAGAUGCCCCAACCGGUGCAAGAGGCACGAGAUAAGCCCACCUGCACUCUUUUUUCAAUUCUUCCUCGCUCUCAUAACGUGCUCGUGUUCUGGGAUAUAUUCUAUACUCUGCAUUUUUUGUCUUAUGGCUUGGGUCGGCUUAUCUUUACUCUUGGCACGGUAAAUUCCAUAUUGGUUCUUCAAUUUACUCUUAUUAUCCUGCCCAAAAGUGAAGCUGUAUACUCAUAUCGGCGUUUUUCCUUUCUUACUUCACUUCUUCGUCAUAAUUUUUACCGGCUGAAAGAGGGAGAGUACUCUGAUGCACACUGCGCUGCACAUAGGUUAACUGCAUAUGAAGCAAUUUGGCAUAUUAGACAGUCUCUACCACAAAUCACACACUUCAUUUUGAG